AUGGCCUCAGGUGGAGCAGAGGAAGACGAUGGAGGCAUUCCAUUGGACAUUGACAACGUGCACAUGCUCCUCCAAGUGGAGCAUGAACAGAUUCAGAAAAGGACAUUCACCAACUGGAUAAAUGCUCAGCUCUCUAAGGGAUGCCCUCCGUCAUUUGUGUUAGACCUCUUCUCUGACCUCAGAGAUGGGUCACGGCUGCUCGACCUGCUGGAGGUGAUGAGUGGCCAAACUAUGAAAAGACAAAGGGGCCGGGGGGUUUUCCAGCAGAGGGCGAACAUCGAGACAGCACUCAACUUUCUCAAGAAAAAAUCAAUCAAACUGGUGAACAUAAACAUCUCAGAUAUCAUGGAUGGACGGCCCUCCAUCAUCCUCGGACUCAUAUGGAGUGUCAUCCUCCACUGUCAUAUUGAGGAGCUGGCCAGCACUCUCUCCUUCAGCUCUUGUCAUUCCUCCCUCGACUCUCUGGCCAGCCUGGACUCCUGGUCUGGCAGCCCAGUCCCAGCUAGUCCGGUCCCUGCAGGCCGGACGUCGCCUCUCCACAGACGCUUCCGAGUAUCCGCCAAGAAGGCCUUGCUCAUGUGGGUGAGGGACCAAUGCCAAAGGGUUGGCUGCUCUGUCAGUAUGAGGGACUUUAAGUCGAGCUGGAGAAGCGGAGAGGCCUUCUUGGCCAUCCUGUGCUCUCUCAGGCCACAGCUGGUGGAUCUCUCACUGGUCCGGUCCAGGAGCAACCAGCAGAACCUGGAGGAGGCGUUUCGCCUGGCCGAGAGGGAGCUCCACAUCCCCCGCCUGCUGGAGCCCCAGGAUGUUGAUGUUAAAGAGCCUGAUGAGAAGUCCAUUAUGACGUAUGUGGCCCAGUUCCUACAGUACUCCAAUGACAUGCCAGCACCUGAUGACCAUCUGCAGCUCUUUCCUCUGGUCCAGCCCUCUUCUCUCUCGCCUGUCAACAUGACUUCCCACUUCCCUCCAGCAGUUGCUGUCUCACCCUUACGUCAGCUCUCUCCAAGUGAGCGAGCGCUAGAGGUGACUUGCUGGCUGCAGCAAGCCUACCAGGAACUGUCAGAUGCACGGACAGCAACAGAGAACUCAAGCUUUGCAGAAAAAUGCCAGGUGUUCCAGAACCUCACCGACUCCUUCACUGAGCAAAGGAGACCAGUGAUGACCCUCCUUGCUGCCAUAAGACGCCGUCCUGAGCUGAGCCAGGAGCAGCGGGCUCUCAGGACAGCAUGGGACCGUCUGGAAGAGGAGCUGCAGAAAUGUAAAGCGGACCUGGACUCGAGCCUUCCUCCUCCUCUGGACUCAGUUGUUGUGUGGCUGCAGCGUGCGGAGGCAGCAUUAGCAGAAGACGGAGGAAAAGAGAAGGAUCACACAGAUGCUGCUAAAGACGCAAGAGCUCAACAAGACACAUUGAAGACUUUAAUAAAAGAGAUGAGCCAUUACGUCAGUGUACUAGACACCUGCCACCACAUGGUUUACUCAGGGACAUUAGAAGUGCCUCGUGAAAAGUUUGAUGAGAUAAAAAGACGUUUAACCAAUAUCCGAGUCACGGCCAAGUAUCAAGGGAUAAAGCUGGAAUACCAGGAAGCCCGUCACACUGUGCUGGAUCUCGUGGAUCACAUCCGUGCUAAGAUUCAGACCUGGAAAGGUCCCUACAGAUCCCUGGAGGCAGUAUUUGUGCUUCUGCAGGACUGGCAUGAAACGGUGGAACGCCAAGGCCUGGUUUUGAUUCUGAUGGACGGGCUCCCAAACCUGAAGGAGAGGGCGAAUGUAUACACCAGCAAGGCAGCGCUAGGUGAAGGUCUCCAGCGUGUUACUCGUCAGGUGAAGGAAGCAGAAAGCGAGGCUGAACUGGUCGCACAGGCUGUGACGGCUGUUAGAGGGACGAUGGAGAGAGUCGUGUCUGCAUGGGCGACUUACAACAACUGCCUAGCUUCUCUACAGACGUGGCUGGCACAGAGGAUAGAGUCACACACCCAGUGUCCUGCUGCGGGGACUCAGGAUAUGAGUGAGUGGACGUCAUGUCAGGCUAAGUUAAACGAGGCGGGGAACUUGCUCAUUGAAGUGACAGAGUCGUCAACCAGCCUCGCUCUGGCCGAGCAGCUCAGCAAGGUCAACAUGCAGUGGGCUGAAUGCGUGAAGAGGACGAUGUUUGAAGUGUCAUCGGAGCCCAGCGUCAGUCCCCUGUGUCUUCAAAUGGUGCAUUCACUGACCCAGGAGGCCAGCCGGCUACUGAGGCAGCCUCUGGAUGUGGCCUCAGUCCCACUGAAGGCUACCAGACAUAAACUACAGCUACUGUGUAAAAAGAUGGCCGACGUGGACCUUUCAUCUCUUAGCUCAUCCCCAGACUUUCAAACAAGCCACAUAGAGAAACUCCUGCAAACUCUCCCACAGAUGCUUGCUGAAGCAGAGAGGACCUGUGGAGAGCUGCAGAGGGCUGCGUCCAAGCUGGAGGGCCGUCUGGCUGAGCUGGACCACUGGAGCACAGAGGCCCUGGACUGUCACCAGCGCCUAAAAGAGAAAAAGCACAAAGGACGCUCUGCAUUGGAACCUACAGCCAAAGUCCUGGUUUCCAGAGGCUUGCAGCUGGAGAGUCAGGUUGUGACUGAGGGAGAGGAUCUGCAGGACUUUGUGGCACAAGUAGAGAAAACUUCUCCUCUGCAGCACCUCAGUACUUCUGCCUUGCAGGACAGGAUCUCAGAGGCAGUUUCUCAAUGCCAGGAGAUUCUUGGGAUGUUUGGUUCCCUUGGGUUUCUGCAACAUGUUGAAGCAGCUCAUCAGACACACAGGCAGCCACAGGCAGGGUUAUUUGUUGUGGCCAGAACCAAAAACGUCGACCAGGUUGAGAGCAUUAAGCAGCAGACCCGGGACCCAGCUCAGGUUUCACCUGAGAGUCCAUCUCAGACUCAACAAAGAACAAGAGAGCUCCAGGGUGGGCCUGAAAACCAGCACAUGAACACACAGGAUGAACCAACCAUUGUUACGCCCCAUGUCCCAGUCCACAUUCUGCCUCAGCCUUUGGUGGAACCAGGACCUCACACUCCUGUUGCUCAAACUGUAGAAGAAGCUCAGCCUGAGCUCAUGAUCCAACCAGAGUCAGUUUCCAAAUCCCACGCUCAAGCUUCAAGUCCCAGUCAAAAUGAUAAACUCGGACCAGCUUUGACCGAAGCUCCUGUUGGACCAAAGCGUCCACAAAGUCCAGUUCUGUUUAAACACAUAACAAGUCCAGUCUCUGAGGGAAAGGGAAGCUCAUCUCCCUCACAAAGUCAGACAUCCAGAAUAAGAGGGCAGCCAAAGAGUCUACAGAGUAAUAAAACAUGUCCACAGCCUCCGGUUAUGGUCCGCAGUGAAGUUCAUUCAAAAGCUCAGUCAAUGGCGAGGAGCAGACUGGAGAAGGCCAGGUUUCGUCUACAAGGACGCAUCCAGCAGGCCAUCAAGUUAUUUGGUGGAAGAGACAUUUCAGAGUCACAAGCCAAACGGAAACAGAGAGCUUUAAAGAGUCUGCAGCCUGCCAUCCUCGAGGAGUUCCUGGCUGCGGUGGAGGGUUUGGGGGCCUUUUGCACUGGGCCCCAACUCCAGGACUUGGUGCUCCUCUCUGAUACAGUCAGAAAGCAGUGGGAGGAUGUACGCAGAGAAAUGGCCGCCUUUGUUCCCAUCUUAUGGUCUAAAAUCAGAGAGGGAGAGCAGUCUUAUUCUGUUGUGCAGUGUGAAACGCAAACUAACGCUCUGCACGACGCCACUGACCAGACUGACCUUGACUCUUUGCUGCAACAACAGGCCGUCAUGGAUGACGCGUCUGCAUCAGUUGAGGAACGUGUUGAAUCGCUCCAAGAACUGUGUGAAACCCUAACACCAAGAGAAUCCUCCUGCCUGGCAACAGAUCAACUGAGGGAGUCGGAUGAGACGCAGGAAACACAAGCCGGUGACCCAGUGUUCCUAUCUGACUGGGGACGGCAGCUCCGUGGAAACGCCCCGCUGAGAGCGACUGGCGUGUUGGCCGACACACAGCAGAGCAACAGUGUCCCACAGAAACAAAGCGUGGACGGACCGCAGCAACCUGUGGGCAGUGCUGCGUCGGUGCAGCCUCGCGGUGAUACCCUCCAGCUGCGAGCUCAGGAUGUCCCAGCAGAGAGCGACGAUCACCCGAUGCAGCAUAGAGCCUGCGGUUUGGGCAAACAUCUGAAGCCUUCACUUCGAGCCAAAGAGCAGCUGCUGAAAGCUCGUCUGCUGCACGUCACAGAGAGCAAUCAGCAAACACGAACUCAUAUUCAGGCAGUUGUCAGGGGCAACACUGUGGAGACCAAGCAGGAGGCAGAGUGGACCGUCAUCGCAGAGUCAGCCGCCCCACCACAGGAAGAGCUCUCCUCCGAACAGGAAGUACUUGAAAGGUACAGGAAGUCCUGCUUGGUAUUUCAGUCUCAACUCCAGAAGAACAAGAAACAUUUGGAGGACUUCAUCCCAGACCCAGUCUCCAUCUCUGCCCUGCAGAACCAAGAGCAGCAACUACAGACUUUUAAACAGGAGACAGAGGCACUGUGGUUUGAGUUUGAGCUCCAGUAUGCCCAGCUAUCCCAGUGCUCCCAGCUGAUGACCAGGGAAGAGAAGGGUGAAGUGGAAAGGGACCGGCAGCAGCUGACUCAGCAGUGGAGAGGCCAACAAAUGUGCCUACAGCGCAGGAUGACAUCCCUAGAGAACACUGCAGACCUGAUGGAGUCUGCAGAUGACCAGUUGACAGUGAUUGCAGAAAAACUGGACCGGAUCCUCAGAGAGUCUGUGGACAUCUCCUCCUUCACCUUGGCUGAUCAUAAACUCGUAUUUGAUUUGAAGGAGAUGGACGACCGACUGCAGUCUGAAAUGAGAAAGAUAUCAGAACGAGGUGCUAAAGAGGAAAGACAAGGGCUGGAGGCCACAUCCCCUUCACACCGCUGCCAGGCUCUCCACAGCAGUGUCCAUCAUCUCGAGCAGCUCAGACAGCAGCUGGAGAGGGUUCAGUCAGCUGCACGAGCUCUGGAUCACUUCCUGGCCACGGCGAGGGAAGUCAAGGCUGAGAUCCCAUCGCUGCUGGCAAAGCAGGACCCCAGCAGACAGCAGAAUGAGGCAAACUGGGAGCAGGAGAGACAGUCCUGGCAGGCAGCAAUGAGGCAGAAGUUGCAGACUGCUGUGGAACAAUCUGACAGCGUUGACAGCACUUUAAAGGCGGUGGGGAUGACUCUGACCAUGGAUGGUGCAACAGCGACAUGUCGGGAUGUGGUGACAUCAUUAUCACAGCAAGCUGUGGACGCGGGGAAAGAGCUGAUGAGAGCCAGAAAGAGAAAAGAUGAGCUGUUUCCAACGGGAAAGGAGCAAAUCCAGGAGAAUGAAGUGCUGAACCCUAAAGAGAUGUGUCAGGCAAAGGCUGGGGGUGAGUCACCACGGGAGCAUGAGCAUCCCACUCCAAAGGGGAUGGAGGGGGAGUCAGGGAUGGAGGCCAAAAGGAGUAGGCUGGAAGGAGAUAAUGAUACACAGAGGGAGGAGGUGCACAAGGCUCAAACGUGCAAGUCUGGAGAGGAUGUCCUAGAAGCCAAAGGCCAGAGAAGAAGAAGAAGCAGCCAGGUUAAGAAAGAGGGCGAAGAGGAGGAGAGUUUCGUCCAGAGGAGCGUCGCCUUGUUAGGCACACUGAGGGAGAUAAAGGGAGCAGCUGAGCAGCUGGGGUUGCAGGAGCCCACCCUGCCUGCUCUGCAACAGAGGACACGUGCCUUGACUGAGCUGGAAAGUCGUCUCGCUGGUCACCUCGCUGAGCUGCGGAACAUGCAAGAUGCAGCUUCACCAUCAGGAAUCCCCGACAUGAGUCAAACCAGAGAGGCGCAGGAAGCCUGGGAGGAGGCGACAAAAGCUGUAGCUGAACGGCUGGAGCAGUGUGGCAUCCUCACAGAGCUGCUCAAGAGGUUUCAGAGCAUUCGUGGUGAGCUGAGCGGGACGCUGCAGAGGGCAGAAAGCACCAUCAGUGAACAAGCCUCCUACAUGGGCAAAGACAACCUGCACAGACUGCACACUAAGGUCCAGGAAAUAAAAGCAGAGCUGAAUGGCCUCGGGGACGACAUAGAGGAGGUCCGCAGUGUCUGCAGGCAGCUUCACACUCAUCUCCGUCAGAUCCCAGGAUGCACCAUCAUCCCAUUUGAGGGUGAAGCGGAUGCUCUCAUGGACCGCUGGCUGGAUAUAUCAGAAAGAACAGAUUCCCACAUUGAAGGCCUACACCUCGGCCUGACUCUGUGGGAUGGGGUCCUCCUGCUGGGAGCAGAGGUGGAGAGCUGGACUGCCGAUAAACUAGCUGUAUUUGCUCAGUCUCCGUCCUUUCAGACAGAGGAAGACAUCAGGACCUUGCAGCAUGAGAUUGUGGCCCAGGAGGAGAAUAUGGAGCGUUUCCACCGAAGAGCCACUGAGAUUCAGGCGCUGCUUCAAAGCACAGAGCCUCCUCUGGAGCUGCAGGUUGUGGAGACCCAGAUGAUGAAGAAGAUAGAGCAGCUGAGGGAGCUUGUGUCUGAAGCUGAAGAUGUUUACAGGCAGAUGGUGGCUGCUAAGGGACAAAUUACUACCAGGAUGGCUGAAUGCUUUAACUCCCUCCAGAAGAUCCAGGACUCCCUCCUCACUCUGAGUGGUUCAGAUGUUGCAUCAGUCCUUGCAAAACUUAAGGGUCUACUUUUUGAGCUCCAGACGCAGGACGAGCAGGCGGAGAGUCUGCAGGAGGAUCUGCGCGUUAUGGCCUCAAUAUCGAGUUCUUCCAGCCUACAGAGUCUGUCUGCGGACGGGAUUCAGCUGCAGGAUAAAGUCAGAAACACCCAUCGGCUCUUCUCUGAGGUGGAGGAACAGACUGAGAGGAAUAUCCAGGCUCUCGACAGGCUGCAAAGAGAGAGCGAGCAUUUGGCACUAUGGCUACAAGCCAUUGAGGAAAAAGCAGCGAAGGAGGAGGAUCUUAGUCUCCUGCAAGAGGAAGCACUUCAACAAAGGCUGCGGACAGAGACCCUCAAUCAGCUUGUGUCUUCCUUACAAACCAGCUCACUUCAGCAGUCUGCUCUGGUGGAAGAGUGCGGCAAACUGCUGCAACGAUACAACGACCUUCAAACCAACGUACUGCGCAGCUCCAAGGAGAGGCGGAGCCCUCUGAGCAGGGACAUCGAGGUGUUUCAGACCCUUUCAAAGUCCGCUCAGUCCUGGGUCAGAGACCUGAGACCAGUUGUUGACUCUCCACCUGGUGAAGACCUCGGUAUCCAGAGCCCUGUAGAGCGGAGACCUCAGAGUGCUCGAGUUGUGAUAAGUGCAGCGGCAGAGGGAGAGGCUGGCCUUGAAAAGGUCAGAGUUGCUGGAAAUAGUCUGAGCCGCAGACGUUGUGAUGGAGACGAUCUGAAACAGGACAUUCAGGAAACAGAGGAGCAGCGGAGGGGCCGUCUCCAGUCAUUUCCGCCUCUUCACAGUGUUCUCCAAGCUGAACCGGAGCCCACCUCCUCCUACGUGGCCCAAAGACAGCAGGCCUGCCACAGAGUGGAGGAGCUGCAGCGCAGAGCUGCUCAGCUCCCUACUUUAUUCACCUGGCCCGGCACGACUGAGCGCAGACAAAUCUGCCUUCGAGCCCGUCGGCUGCAGGAUGAGGCUGAAUCCCUGAAAUUAACUGUAACCGGCCUGGCUGAACAGAGGAGGGAGCUGGCUGAACGAACCGGCGACACCGUCUGCAAAGAUUCCUCCUCGGAUGAGCUGGAGACCCGCUUUUCAUCGCUAAUGGCAGAGCUGAAGGGUGUGUGUUCCCGCCUCGAGGAAGGUGUGUGUAAUGAGGAACAGUUUGGCCAGUUACUGCAGGCCUGCCACCAUAAAUUGACGUCCCUGCAGCACAGGAUGUCAGCCUGUCAAGCCCAGAAAGAAAGCUCAACUGGACUGAUUUCAGAUCUACCAGCUCUGGAGGCUUUGCUACAAGAAGCGACAAACAUAGAAAAAGACGUUUUACGGAUUGUAACACUCAAGGACUCUAUCACAGCCAGCUCCACAGCGGAGGCCCUGGCCAGCCUCUCCCAGCAAGUCGGCAACCUCCAGAACCACCAGAGGGCACUAGAGAGUAGCAUCAGACAAAAUCUAGCAUCCCUCACAGAAAACGCCAACCAGAGGGCUCAACAUGUGGAGGAAGAGGUCUCCUGUGUGCAAACAGCACUGAAAGACUUGGCUGAAACUUUGGGAAAUCUGUGCGAGAACUGUGGAGUGUUGCCUGAUAUAAGCAAGCUCAAACAGGAGUGGCAUACAAUACAGGAUUGUGAUACCAGGCUGACAGAUUUGGCUGCAAGAGUUACCGACCUGCAGAAGGCUGAAGAGUUGAACAAAACACAAGAAACGCUACCUGCAGGUGUCGUUUUGACUGUUGAUGCUGUUGCUGAAGACCGUGACAGCCUCAGGUCCAUUUUCCUACAAAAGAAGCAGAAGUGUGGAGAAAACACUGCUAACAGGGUGAGACAGGUCAUCAGCCAGCUGCAGAAGUGGAGCCAAACAGUACAAGCUGAACCAUCAUCACCCAGCCAGGUGGCUCUGGAUGAGGGUUUGUGGCUUCAACAAGCUCUUCGUGAAGUGCUCUCACAACGAGACUUUCUUCUAAAGUGUCUGGGAACAGAAGUGACGGAGAAACUGGAGAAAAGUGCUUCAGAUGCACUUAAUGAAAGCACACCUGCACUUGAAACCUUAUCUAAAUGCCUGGUCAGUCACGAUCAUCUUGACAAAGAUGUUGAAGAAGCUGCAUCACAUUUAGCUUCACCUGAUGAAACCACGGCCGUGUGUCCCCCUGCUUCACCUUCCCUUUCUGCGACAGACAACAAGAAAAACUCUGACAUUGAUCAAAAUGACCAAAUUGAAAUUAAAAGCACUCUGGAAACAGUCAUAGAAGAUGCUUUUGACCCUCAUCAGUUCCCAUGUGCAGAAAUCCCCGAUCUUUUCAAAUCAAAAACUCCACAAGAAUCCAAACAGUUAACAUCAGCUCCACCAAAUAUAAACAUGACGAUGUGUCUCAGGCCAAAGGAUGAUACUGAUAGCAAUCCUUUAAGCAGCGUGCACAGAGCGCUUUCUGGAAACAGCACAGAGCCUUUAAUGUCAGAUACGCUUUCUACUCUCAACAAGUGUUUAUUGGCUCGGCAAGAGAUUACCGAAUCAUUGCAGGAAAACGCUCCCUCAACCCACGACUUGAAGCUUUCAGCUAUAGGCACAGACAAUACCAAAGAAAUCACUUCAGCCCACUGUGCCACAGCCCUGGUUAGAGCCUCAGCAACGAGGCCAGACAGCUUCCCUCUUUCUACCCCUGAAAAUGUGUCUGAACUUCUAGCAGCACAUUCUGAGAUGUUUAAAACAGUUAUAGAUGCUCAAGAGCAAGAGAAACACUCUGAGGACAUCAGUGUGACUCCAAAGAAAGUGUUUACAAUAGUGCUGGACGUGGAGCUGCCUGAGUUUCAUCCCCAGGGCAUGCAGCCGAAGGAAAAUGUUGGCACCAGCAGUCAAGAUCUCCUCACAUGUUCACAGGCAGCAGAGCUCAGUGACGUAGAGCUCACACAAGUUUCACGUUUAGGGUUUCCUGAGAAGAAAUCUGCACUUACUGAAUUAGAGGAGGUAAAAUCUUCAAGUGCCAAAUUAUCAUGCAAAGAAAACUCAGAAUCCUGCGAGUUAAUGCACAGUGGCGUGUUGAAUUCCUCUAAAUCCUGUGGCAGCGUCGCUGAGUGGCAGCUCACCUUUGCACAUGCAGCAGAAACAGCAUUUCCGGAUGUCAAGCAAGAGAUGACAGAUCGCUGUCACGGUGAAGAGCCAACAAUGAGCUCAGUCUUCUUCUCCGUGGAGGGAGAUGCCUUGACUGAACCAAAAAUACCUGCUGGUGACAAUAAACAGCUGACUGUUGCUGACACUGCACAGAGCACAGGGCAUGCUGAGAUGGCAGAGGGAGAAAACGCAGAAGAAGAAGGUGACCCUGAAUGCACCAAACUUUCAAAAGUACCAGAAAAACGAGACAAAAAGACGCUGCCAGUACCAGAAAGUGAACUGAAGGUGUCAGCAUCGCCGGAGGACACACAGCAUCAGAUCCAAGAAAGCAUGGAGCCUGAGAGGACAGCGGCGGGUUUGGCAGCUGAUCUGCAGGCCGGGGAGACGACAGGUGGAUCACCAGAGUCCUGUGAGCACGAGUGCAGCAUGCAGGAUAUUUUGUCUGAGAUCCAGAGCUCGGUGGAAAGAAGUAACAUAAUAAAUCGGACACCACACGUUGAUUUGAACUGGUACCUGAAGUCCUCUCCUGGCGAACCAGAGAUUCGACUAAUACGAACUGUCCAAAAGGUUCUGGCAUGUCGCUAUCAAGCAGCACAACUCGAUGUCGCUGCAAUGGCCAAACAACUGCAAGAGGCAGAGGACUACAGGUGCUGUGUGCAGGAGCAAGUGGCUACCAUGAAAAGCACGAGCGCUGCCAGGAUUUGUGACCCAAAUCUCUUAAAAAGUGUUGAGGGACAGUGGAGUGCUGCGCUGCUGGAUGCCUCCGCCACAGUGCAGGUCAAAGCUGCACAGCUGGAUCAGGUCAAACAGUAUCACAAACAGAUGAAGAUCAUCAGAGCUUUCUUAGAGGUUCUCGCUGCUGAGAAGGACAAAAUGAGCUUAAAUACUUUGGGAAGCAGUUCCCUUCAAGCUGACAAACUCCACGCCCUGCUGAAAACCAUGGUACAGAAAAAACACAUGAUGGAAGAACUCCUUCACUUGAGUAGCCAGCUGUCAGUCCACCUGAGCGACGCUGAAAGCUCAGGUGCUCUUCUUGCCCAGCUUGGAGACGUCCAGGAGGAGUGGAGGCUUUUAGAAGGAAGUAUCAAAAGAGCUCUGCAGCACGCCUCAAGCUCCACCUCUCAGUCCUCUCUUCUGAUUCAAGAGGCCAAACAGCUUGAGGCCAAGCUUGAAGCUCUUCAGAAAUCCAAUCUUCAAAGCCAUGACAGCAAAAGCGCUCUAGAACUUUUUUGUCUAACGACAGACCUAAAACUGUACAACCAGCUUUAUCUGCACUUGCAGUCGCAGGCAGACGCUCUUGUAAAUUUCUCUCUGGGUCAGAAAGAGAAGGAUGAGAUCAAGCGUAGUUUUCAGGAGCUUGCGUCCUUUCUAAAUGUCACCAAGAGCGAGCUUGACACUUCCAUGCAGAGCUGUGGAGGCAUUUCUUCAGCUAAGAUCAACAACAAAUUACAAGACUUGAUCGUAUGGGCGAAGCAGGCUGAAAACCACAUCUCUGUUGGGAGAAAGUUGGCUCUUUUCCCAGAGGAGGCUCGCAUUCAGAUUGCUGAGAUGAAGAAAUUUAAGACUGAUAUUUGGUCACGAAGGUCCAAGAUGCAAGCAGAAGUGGAGCAGAUGAAAGAUAUAGCCCCUGAUAUGGAAAAGGAGGAAAGUGACCAAGUACUGAAGACAAUAGAAGACCUGUAUGAAGUCAUUGCUGACAGCUUGGAUCAUGUUCUUGACACCAUGAAGAAAAAUCUGAAAGAUAGGGAGAAACUGUUAUGCCAGCUUGCUAGCAUGGAUGCCUGGCUAGCAGAAACACAUGCUAACAGAGACCCCUGCGCCCAUGUUGACAAUGUUUCAAAAGCUGACGUCAGAAAGCUGGAGAGCGAGCUGAAAAGUCAUAAAUUAGCCACAGUGGCGAUAGAGAGACAACUGAAACUGGCGGAAGCAAUGACAGAAAGUUGCAGGGAAAUAGCUGUAGGGUUGAGUCCAGGAGAGAGCCGCUACCUGGUCAACAGACUGUCAGGCCUUUGGACAGAGUUAGAUGGGUUGCUAGCUCAUGAGAAAGCAACCAGCUGGGAAUUAGAGGAGUUGAUUCAUGAGAGAACCUCUUUAGAUGCCGAGUUAUCAACCAUCCGGGCUAGUUUGCAGCAAAUUUCCACUGAUUUGAAGCAGCAAAGGUUCCCUUUAACACAGGAAACCCUUUCAACAAUUGAUCAUUUGAAGCACAUGUUAAUGGAGCAUCAGUGUGAAGUACAAGAGCUUCAGCACUGCCAGGAGGCCAAGAGAAGCGCCCUGCUGUGCACCAUUGGGGAACUGCAAGACCAGUGCAAAGCUCUUAGUGUUAAUGCCUUUGAACAAGAUAAAUAUCUGCACCUGAGGAGACAAAUGGAGGAAUCUAGGGACAUUGCCAAAGAGCAAAUCCAGCGUGUCAAAGUUAAAACAAUCAGUUUAGGUGAGAGGUUCAGACUGUGCCAAACACUCUUGGUUGAACUUCCUUUGGUAAAGACACAAUGUCAAGAAGCAGCGGACCAGCUGGAGGCCAUAGCUCAGGAGUUGUACCCAUCUGAGCUUAAUUCAGAGAGGCAAAGGAUUCGCCGCACUGUGGAAACUUUGGUCUCCUGGGAGUAUUCUGUCACAGAUGAUAUCAAAAACCUUGAGGCCAAGCUUCUGUUAUGUCUGCGUUUUUCCUCUGAGCUUCCUGCCUUAAUGGAGCUUUUCCAAAAAACAAGAGUGGAGCUGGAGGGAGCUGAACCAGUAAAUCCAGAUGAAAAAGCAGUAGAUAUUGCACUACGAAGGUACUGGGUUAUUUGGAGAAAUAUGGAGUCUGGGAUGAGAGUGUUGGAAGGUCUGGGACAGAAGGAAAAAAUUAACCUCAAAAACUACAAGGAACUUCACUCUCUCAGGGAUGCAACCAAGCAACAGUGCCAUUUACGAAUGGAGAGUUUAUCCCAGGCUAGAGAAGCCUUGAAAGAUUACCAGUGGGCAGCUCAGGGAGCAAUAGGCUUCCUUCAUAAUGCUGAAGCCACCUUCUUAUCAGCUCCUGGAGGGUUUUUGGACUGCACGGAAGAACAAAGACAGACUCAGCAGGCUCUAGAAGCUCUUGAAGAUGGAUUUCAGGCUCAUAUCAGCCACCUUGCGGAGCUGUUGCCCCAACAGCCCUGCCUGUCCCGCCCGAACACUGAGCAGCUCCACAUCACCAUCCUCAGUCAGUUGUUGGUGGGAAGAGCCACACUGGAGGCCCAAGCCCAGCUCAGACUGGAGACCUUGCAGAGGUGUGAAAUAAGACAGCAAAGCCACAGGAAGUAUCAUGAAGACUUAUGUCAGCGUCUUUCGGGGCUUGAAGCCAAGCUUUCAAAAUGUGCUGCAGAACAAGUGACGUCAUAUGACCGGUGUGUCGCUCAACAAAAAAGAGCUGAGCUUCUGAUGGAAGAUCUUCGCAGCAUCGCUGGAAAGAUAGAAGAACUGAGAGCUGGAUGUCCGAUGCAGGGCUGUGGGGUCGGAAAGGACGGCGAGCUGGGCGCCCUCUGGAGGCGGUGGGCAUCAUUGCGGCGUGGUAUCGGCUUGCUGAUGGCGCACACAGAGCAGAGAGGAGAGGAAUGGAAGGACAUUACUACAAGUAUGGAGCAGUGUUGCAGCUGUCUAGCCAGUCUUCAGGCUGAUGUUCCUGACUCCUCCACCGUGAGCUUCACUCAGGACGAACCCCAGGAGCUCCUGGCUCAGGCUGAGAUGCACCAGGCUGGGCUGGAGCAGGAGCAGCAGGCUUUAGCCUCCCUGGAGCAUCGACUGGAGCACGCCCUGAGCUUAUCUAACUCCCAGGAUCCCACCAGUCCUGGACCUGUUGGCAAAACACUAGUGAAGAUCCAAGAGAAUGUCAGGAGCCUGAGAGAGAGAAACCUGCUGGUGGUAGCAGCAGCCCAGGCGGAGGAGAAAGAGAGACAGCAAGUCCAAGAGGUGAUAGGAGAGGUGGAGCAACACAUGUCCGCCAUUCUUCCCUCGCUGGAAGUCUGUUCAGAUCCCUGCAAACAAAAGGAGCUCAGAAAGGAUUUGUCCUCCCAAAAAGCCAAACUCAAGUGCAUCAUGGACGGAGUGCAGAGCCGGUAUUCUGAGAUACCAGCUGAUAUCAGCAGAAGGUUACAAGACGUUCAGCUGUCUCUACAAAGAGAAGAGGAGAAGCUCAUGGAGAAGAGCAACCCAGUUCAGAAGCUGGAUAAUCAAGUGGUGGAGUUGGCUUCUGGUCUGGAGAAAGUGAAAGUGUUACUGGAGCAAAGGAGUCCAACAGUGAAUGAAGCGCAAAAUGCACUCAAGCAUGUGUGGGAUGAGCUGGAUGCAUGGCACAGCUCCUUGAUGCUCCUGGAAAACGAGGUGCAGGAUCUUGCGGAGGAGCAUCCGGAUCGAGCCCAGCUACUCAUGGACCGACUCACCCAACCACUGCAGCUCUACCAAAAUGCAGCGCAGAUGGCCGAGCAACGCACCGCCUUCCUCGGCAAGAUCCCCACCUGUCUUCAGGAGUUCGAAGGCAUUGUGUACAGCUCCACCUGCUGGUUAGACGAGGCCCAGUCGUGGCUCAGCGCUUCCUGCUCCUUCACAACUGCCAGAAGCCUCCAGAAUCAUGCAAGCUCCCUGCAGCUGGUGCUGGACGACUCUGAGAGGAUCAGACACGCCCUGCAGGACUUCAGGCCGGUCCUGGAUGAGAUUUCUGCAGUGUGUGACAUGAGCACUCAGGAGGAGAUGCUGGACCAGAAUGACCAACAAGUCCACAAAAUGCAACUCACGAUCGUAGAGCCGCUGGAGCAGCUGCUGCAGGCUGUUAUCGUGGUGGAGGCGAUGGAAGCGGAGCUGAAGACACUGGAGAAGAACGUCCCGAAGAUCAGAGCCAUUUUAUCUUCCGUGGACAACCCGGACAUCACUCUGACGGAGCACCUUCACAACCGACAGGUGAUCCUGGCCAACAUGCAGUCGAUGCGGAGGACACUGGAGGAGAUGGAAAGAUGCAAAGGAGAGCUUCACCUCCUUCAGGGAGCAGAGGAGAACCUGUUGGUGUUCUCCAGAGCCAGACUGCUCCUGCAGCCACUGGAGGAGCUGGAACAGCUCACACAGCAACAAGCCACACUGCUGGAGAACAAGAUUAGUGAAGAGCUGUGCAUCGCCACAGUCUGUGACGCUCCUGGAGAAAUACAGCAGCUAGACAGAUCUGCACGUUUCGUCCAGCAGGAGGCUUUUGAGGUGUCUAAUUCAGAGGAAGAGGAGGAUGAGGAGAACGAGAGUUGUCACUCGUCGUCCUCUGACACACUAACAUGCAGUGUUCCGGAGGACCCAGAGGAGACACUCAGCUCUUCUGAUGUGCGAAGUGAGGAUAUUGCUGAAAUUAAGCCACUAACAGAGGCUAAGCCCCUGCACAGUUUGGCUGGACAGUUGUCUUCUGGGAUGGAGUUGAGCUCAAACGUUGCUGAAUCUGAGCUUUUAUCUGUGAAGCCUGGACUUAGUACAGAAGAGUCAGACGAUGUUGAAACUGGAUUAACAACAGUGGAUUCCCAAGAUCAUGUUAGCAAAGCAUUUAGCCCUGAAAUUGCGACAGCUGGGUCAGUCCUGGCUGCUGCUGAAGACCAGUUUGCUGCUGCUGCUGCACCUCCACUGGACCAACAAGGAUCACCAGCACAUGAAAACCUCGUCACCGACCCUCAUACAACAACCCUUCAGGCGGCAGCUGCAGUGGAAGACACAAGACUGGUUCCUGCAAGACCUAUAACUCCAAUCACUGCCACGGGAACAUCAGCUGAGUCUAUAGAAGAGGGAGACAAAGAGCUGGCUUUGUCCACAACUCCACCUCAAGACCUGGAUGUUCUAAACGUGUUAAAGGAGCAAAAUGAAGUCGGCACCAGCCAGAGUAGUUUGGAAGAAUCCCAGGAGUUUCCUGAGGUGAUAAUCAGCUUGACUGGACACGAAGAAGAUGACGAGCAGCCGAUGUGGAGCCGACUUUACACCCAGAUCUCUCAGAAACUGACCACACUGCAAAAAGUUAAGGAGGAGCAACAAGCCCUGAUCAGCUCAGAGGAUGGAGGGACUCGUGAAAAGGCUCCAGAAAGGGAACUGGCAUCAACCGGACCUGCCUCUGCCGUUCUGCAGCGCACACACAAGUCCAUCACCAUGCUGAGGCAAACAGUGAGCUCUGCAGAGGGUUCACAUCCAGGUGUGAAUGAGGAGCUGUACCAGGCAGCCCGGAGGGUCCUCCUCUGUCUGGACGCCUUGACGGACCUUCUGUUGACUCCUGGUGGUGCUGCUGAACAUGACCCUGAGCUGAGGCUGCUGCAGCAGGAGUGUGUAUCGGCUGAGCUGGUGACUCUGGCUGAGCUGUUGAGUAAAGUGGAGUCAGAGACCAGAUCUGCGUCCUCGAGGGAAGAACCAGAGGCUCUCCGCUGUUUGACCUCCCUUCAGGACUGUCUACACACGGUCCAGCUGGUCUUCACCUCAUCCCACAAUCAGCUCACUGAACGUCAGGGCAUCACAUGUCAACCUCAGCUGUGUAUUUUGGAUGAGUUUGAACUGGGACGAAGUGAGAUGUUCCCCAGUAUAAAGGAUGCUCCCAGUCUGGAGCAGUGUGUGCUGGACAGACAUCUGAGGGAGAGUCCAGGGGAAAAAGCCAAGCUACAGCAAACCUCCCGGUCCUUGCUUCAGGGGAUAACUCGCCUCCUGGAACUGGGUGAAGAAUGCAUAACAGAAGGGCAGAUGAGCCAGGUUCACAGCGGCAGCCGACUUCAAGCAGCUCUCUGCAGACACAAGAAGCUCCUGCAGCUCCUCAGGUCUCAGUUGGCCUUUGUGCAGCAUCUGUUCCAGCGUGAGCCAGAAGCGCUCAGGUGUCAAGAGGAUGAGCGGGUACAGCUGGAAGUCAGAGCCAAAGCUUUGCAGCAACAGGCUCUGGAACAGGAAGUGGCUUCUCAAAGGAGGAUCCAGGAAUGGACCCGGUGGGAGGAUAAUUGUGGUCGGCUGAGCGGGCUGUUGGAUGAUCUUGAAGCCUUCAUCAGCAGCGCGGAACCAGAGGGAGACGAUGAGAAGUCAGCCCUGCGCCGACAUGAUGGCUGCCAGCGAACGUUGGUCCAGCUGGAUGAGAGCAGAGCUGCUUUAGGACUGCUCCUGGAUCAGAGGAAGGCGCUGCAGACCGAGCCAGAGUUUGCUGCCACAGUCAGUCAUGCAGGAGGCGCCCUGGAGCUGCGAUGGCAGAGCGCCUACAGGCGGACAGAGCAGGAGAUUCAGCGCUGCAGAGCUGUCCAGGACAGCUGGGCCAGGUUCCAGACCGACUUUGCCUCGGUCAGUGAAUGGCUGAUUGGUGCGAGCAAACACCUGAAGACUUGGUCUAACCUGGCCGACACCCCUGACCUGAACCAGGAGUGUAUUCACAACAAUCUGAUCAGGCUGUUGGACUUCUCCAUGGAGACUGAAGCCAUGUCAGCGAAGAGGGAGUCCGCAUCCAGAGGAGCCAGUCAGCUGCUCCACCUGAGGGAAGGUGAUUGUCCCGGGCUGAGAGCUCAGCUCGCCCAGCUGGAGGUCGACUGGAACCGGCUGACCUCUGACCUGUCCGAGAAACAAGAGCGGCUGCAGCAGCGGCUGCUGGGAGCAUGGCCACCGGUGAAGCUGCUGUCUGACCUGGAGGACUGGCUGAAGAAGCUGGAGACUCAGCUGAGCCAGAACAAAGAAACAGUCCUCAAGGUCAAAGAUGCUGCUCAGACCAAUGAAAUCCUGCAGCAGCACAAGGAGUUAAAGGCAGGCGUGGUCAGUGGGCAGCGCCUUCUUGAUUUCCUGUGCCAGCCUGGGCCUCAGGUGAUUGGAGUGGACGUCCAGGCUCUUCGCUCCGAGCAUACAGAGUUUGCAGAGAAACUUGGCGCCCUCAGACUGUGGUGGCUGCACCUUCAGAGAGAGCUGGAGAGCCAGAUUCGUGAGGCUGAACAGAUGCAUCACACUUGUGCAGACAGAGAGAAACAGUUACAGCGUCUUCAUGGCUGGAUAGAGCAGCACAAAAAGCAGCUGAGUCAGAGGAAACGUCCCACCGGUCAAACUCUGGCUCGGAAGGCUCUGCUGGAGCUGGAGGACGUUGUGGGCAGAGUGAGGGAGGUGGCUGCAGCUUUGCAGGAGUUGAAAGCCAUGCGAGUGCAUGUUGGAAAGGAAGAGGGUCACCCCUGUGAUAUCGCCUUCUCUGGCCAGGCGGAGACUGUUUAUCAUGCUUGUCUUGAUCUGGGUCAGCAGAUGGGAGCUCUGAGACCAGCUCUGCAACAGACUGUGGAGGAGUGGGGACGCUUUGAGAGAGAUCUGAGGGAGGUUUCUCUGCACACCACUAGGGUGCAAUGUGCUCUGCAGCAUCAGCCUCUGCUCUCACUAAAGCAGGCAGAAGGAUACAUGGACCUCGUCCAGCUACUUCAGGAGCAGGCUGGAAAAGGGGAAGAGGUUUGGGCAUCUGUGGACAAAUCCUAUCAGAGUCUUGUGAAGACACUUCAUCGUGGAACAGCUCAGGCUCUGCAUGAUCAACUGGAAGAGGAGCGGAAACGGUGGAGGGUCGUGGUGCAGGAGCUAAAGGACGAGCACAUGAAGACAGGAGAGACGCUGUCCCUCUGGCAGGAGUACGCCAAUCUCUCUAAUCAAUGCUCCCUUCACCUGCAAGAACUGUGGCGUCAGUGGGAGGAGCUGGCGAGAGCUACACCUCAACGGGACGCACAGGCUGUGGUUCACUCAGUGGAGCAGUUGCUGGAUGCUGCUCAGGAUUUGCAAAGCAGUGUGGGAGAUGUACUUGCAGCUUCCAAGCCUCUUAUUGGACGGUUAGAGCCACUGGCUGCAAAGCUGAUCCAAUCAGAGACCAGACUGCUGUCACGUGAUGUCCUGCUGCUGAGCAAGGCAAUGUCAGGAAAAAAGAAAAGUCUUCAGGAAGGUUUGGAGCAACAGCAACUGUUUGACACUCGAUUGGAGGCCGUUGAAAAGCAGACACAGAACAUACAGAAUAAACUCAAGACCAGCUUGACUGACACAGACUCUGUGAAGAUUCUUUUGGAGCUGAGUGCUCUGUUUGCGUCUCUGGUUGACAUCAGGGACAUGAGCGGCCGCGUGACCCUUAACGACCACGAGGCCGAGAGACUGCGCAUGCUCAGCCGGCAGUGGGCUGAAAGCACGACUCGCAUGUUUGACAAGAGAAGAGAGCUGCAGGCUGAGCGUCAGCGCUCCCUGAGCUUUCAGGAGAAGUGUGAGAACCUGACGUCAAUCCAGAAGAAGCUUGAGGACGAAUCAGCAUCCAAAAAUCCUCAGGGUUGUUCCAGCCUUCAAGAGAUGCUGACUGUCCACCAGCGGCUUGAGGCUGAAAUCACUAUUGGACACCAGCUCCUGCAGGACCUCCUCAGACAUGCAGUCGAGUCCAUGGAAAAAGAAACGGGAGAGAGGAGAUCUGAACUCAUGGCACAAGUGACCUGUGUGAGGGAGAGCUGGUUCAGCUCUCUGGCUCUGGUUGGCCAGCGCAGGUCCUUGAUGAAAGAACAAGUGGGCCAGUGGAGAGUCUUCCAUCGUGGCCUGGGACUUCUGCAGAAGCUGUUGAGGGACGUUGACCCCUUCCUGCCCCCUGCUGGACCUGCUGUCUGUGCACUGCAUCAGCUCCGGAGCUGUGUAGAUGAUUACCAGUGUGUCGGAGACGCUCUGGUUGUGCACUCCGCCGUGUACACGCAGACGCUGCAGGCUGGCAGACAUUUAUGCGAGACCGUGACCGAGUCCGAGUGUCAGAGCCGACUGCAGUCAGAGCUCCAGGCUGUGAAGGAGGCCUGGGAACGAGCCACCGCACUGCUGGAGAGGAGAAGAGAGCUGGUCCGCACAACUGUUCAGAAGUGGUCUCAGUGUCAGGAUGGGAUAACCAGCCUCGUGUCUGAACUGGAUGAGCUGGAAAGAGAGCUGAAACAGCCGCUACCUGAAAGAACAGAGGACUCUGAGGACGAGAAACACAUUCAGGAGACGGAGCUCUCUCUGCAGCGUUUGGCCAGUGGAUUGAAGGAACUGGCCACCAUGAAGACGGACUUAUCCCAGUAUGUCGCCGCCGGUGACUCGGCGCUGCUGGAGCAGCAGCUGGAACAACUCCACGGCCAAUGGGAAGAGCUGUGUAUGAAGGUGUCCUUGCGCAGGCAGGAAGUCGCAGACCGUCUCAACGCCUGGACCAUCUUCAACGACAAAAACAAGGAGUUCUGCGAUUGGCUGACUCAGAUGGAGAACAAGGUGUGCCACAGCGGGGAGCUGAGCAUCGAGGAAAUGGUGGAGAAGCUGAAGAAGGACUGCAUGGAGGAAAUCAACCUGUUCAGUGAGAAUAAGAGCCACCUGAAGCAGCUGGGUGAGCAGCUGCUGCUGGCCAGUGACGAGGCCAAGCAGACCCAGGUCCGCGGCUCGCUGAUGGAGAUCAACCAGCGCUGGCACAACCUCUUCCACCACAUCGAAGCCAGGGUGAAGAAGCUGAAGGAGACUCUGGUGACGGUGCAGCAGCUGGAUAAGAACAUGAGCAACCUCCGCUCGUGGCUUUCUCGCAUGGAGGCCGAGCUGUCCAGACCCAUCACCUACAGCGUCUGUCACCACCAGGAGAUCCAGAGGAGGCUGGCGGAGCAGCAGGAGCUGCAGAGGGACAUUGAGCAGCAUACGGAGGGCGUAGCGUCAGUGCUCAGCCUGUGCGACGUUUUGCUGCGGGACGAAGACGCCGCCGGCGGCGCCGAGGCGGAGAGCGACUCCCUGCAGGAGACCAGCCGCAGCCUGGACCAGCGCUGGAGGACCAUCUGUGCCAUGGCCCUGGACAGGAGGCUCAGGAUCGAGGAGACGUGGAGACUCUGGUGCAAGUUCCUCGAUGACUACUCGCGGUUCGAGGAUUGGCUCAAGAUGGCCGAGCGCACCGCGGCCAGCCCCAACUCUGCAGACGUCCUUUAUACGGUCGCCAAGGAGGAGCUCAAGAAGUUCGAGGGUUUCCAAAGGCAGGUUCAUGAGCGGCUGACCCAGCUGGAACUGGUCAAUAACCAGUACCGCCGGCUGGCCAGGGAGAACCGCACCGACCGAGCCAGCCAGCUCAAAGCCAUGGUCCACGAAGGCAACCGGCGCUGGGACACGCUGCACCGCAGAGUGGCCGCCAUCCUCCGCAGACUGAAGCAUUUCACCAGCCAGAGGGAGGAGUUUGAAGGCACCAGGGAGAGCAUGCUGGUGUGGCUGACCGAGCUGGACCUGCAGCUCACCAACGUCGAACACUUUUCAGAGAGCGACGUCCAUCACAAGAUCCAACAGCUCAAUAGUUUCCAGAAGGAGAUCACCCUGAACACGGAGCGCAUCGACGGCCUGAUCGUGUUCGGAGAGGGUCUGAUCCAGAAGAGCUCGCCGCAGGACGCAGGACUGAUAGAGGACGAGCUGGAGGAGCUGCACACCUACUGCCAGGAGGUUUUCAGCAGACUGGUCCGCUUCCACCAGCGCCUCAGCCAGCCCCCGAUCAAAGAAGAACCGGACCUCUCUGACACCACCUUUUCACUGGAGUCGAGCUUGGAGCUGAUUGGCCGGCCGUGGCUGGGGCGGAGCCACGGAAGCCUCCCGGCCACACCCACACACCUGCUGGCCUCUCCGCUGGAGCGUUCGGGCAGGGAGACCCCGGUGAGCGUGGACUCCCUGCCUCUGGAGUGGGACCACACCGGCGAUGUAGGAGGGUCGUCGUCCCAUGAGGAUGACGAGGAGGAAGAGGAGGAGGAAGAUGAGGAGAGAGCUUACUUCAGUGCACUCUCAGAGAUGGAGUGGACUGAGAGCCAGGAGGAAUUUGUCGAGGCCCCAGAGGCCCUUUGGGCCUCCUCGCCGGUUUCAAGCAGGUCUUUGGCAGCGCACGAGUCUCCAAGAUGGCGAUCACAGGGAGAGGACGCAGAAACCCGGUCUCUGCAGCUGGACUCAGAAGGCCACAUCAAAGCCCCACCCACCCUCACCAGUACCCCUCUAAAGCAGGGCUAUUUGCGUCUCAUGUCUCAGUGCAGCGGCAGCAUCGAGGACAUUAAAAGAGUCUCGCUGAUCCUGGAUGAUGAGGAGCAGCCGGAGGAGCUCGGCCUGACGGGACUGGGCGCCUCGGACAAACAGUCGGGUGUGAUUGAACGCUGGGAGCUGCUGCAGGCUCAGUCCAGGAGUGACCAGCACGCCGGCUCUCAGGAGCCACAGCAGCUCACGUCUGACCUCGACGACAUCACUUCCUGGUUAGGAAACGUGAUGCCGGAGCUGGAACGCCACCUGCAGUCCGACCCUGCAGCCAGCAUUGAGGACAUGGCAGCCAGAGCCAAAGAACUGAAGGAGAUGCAGAAGAGGUUUACUCGCUACAAGUCGAUCAUGCUGUCGGCGAACCUGCGAGCUCAGGAGGCUCCAGAGCUCCAGGAGAGAAUGGCGGGUGUGAACCGAGACUGGAGCCGAGCGUCGACAGGCCUCCAUCAGUGGGACACCAGUCUGAGGAAGACGCUGAUGCGCUGCAAGGAGUUCCAUGAAACCCUCCAUUCUCUGCUGCUGUGGCUGGCCCACGCUGAGAGCAGACGCUAUGCAGUGGACAUCAGUGACCCAGACACACCUGUCAGAGCUCUGCAACAGCACCGCAGCACGCUCACGGGUCUGCAGGAGGAGCUGCGGGGCAGGCAGACUCAGCAAGCCUCCAUCCAGGCUCUGUGGUCCCAGCUCCGGCCUGAGGAGGCGGCCGAGGAGAGCAACGAUGCCCAGGAGAAGCUGCACGUGACGGGCAGCAAGCUGAAGCUGCUGCUGAGGCAGGUGGAACAGGACCUCAACACCCUGCAGCACCGUCUGGAUGGUGAAUCUGCAUCGGACGUCAACAGCCAAAGUGCCUCUGCAGAGGCUUCUCAGGAGGCCACAAACUCAAAGCAAGGUCCCUCUACUCAAAGAGAGAAGAGGGACGCGUCACCUCCUCGGUCCUUCUUCUACCGGGUCCUUCGCGCCGCCUUCCCCCUCCACCUCCUGCUCCUGUUCGUCCUGCUCCUCCCCUGCCUGAUUCCCCUGUCAGAGAGCGACCCCGGCUGCACAGGGGCCAACAACUUCGCCUGGUCCCUCUACCCCAUGUUACGCUACACCAACGGCCCACCGCCCACCUGAUGGAAACGCACUUGGAAAAGAAGACAUUUUUUUUUGGUAGCACACUGAGAAAACACACGUCACCUUUUUAUCACACUGACACACGUGAACAAACUGACUGACAUGUAAAAUAAUGAAACGAUGGUCCCAAAAAAAAGUCCAAAGUGCAGAAAUGUAUUUAAGUGUCUAUUUUAAAAAAUCUGAUUGUAUUUAUUCCAUUAACAAACCCAUUUGUCUACAUUUAAAAAAACAAAACAGAUAUUUUUAGUUUAAUAAUGCAAACAUCUCGCCCAGAAAUCAGUCACUGCAGCCUCCUGAACAUUUCCCCUUCAGGGGUCAGGUGACAGCGUGACUCUUACAGAGCAGAGAGGCGUGCAGUCACAGGCAGGAUCGUUUUAACAGCUACUGCAGAAGCCAGCUGACAUAUUCCUGUGAGUUUAUUGGAUAAUAACUGAGAGGUCGAAACCAAGUAUGAUGAUUAGAUAACAAUAAAGGGACAGUUCACCCCACAAUCAAAACACACCUUUUCUCCCCUUACCUGUUGUUCUAUUUAUACAUCUAUAUAUUGUCAUUAUAAUCAAAUUAGAAGCAGCAAUGUCUCUUCCCCUUCCUGAAAUCAUGACCCAAGAUGAUCCACAGAUCUUGUUGUGAGCAGUUUCAUGUAGGAACUACUUUCUUUCUACCAAACUACACCCACCAACUGUAUCAUUGUGCAGAAUGACGUAAGCAUCUCGGGAUGGAAACAUUAAUGGCGUCCUGCUCAGCUGGGCUGCUACUUUAGCUGGCAGCAUCAGUUCGCUAUGCAAGAUAGCAAUAUCAGGCCAGGGGUGAGGGAGUAGAUGCACAUUUCCUUCUGCGCAGUGAUACGGUUGGUGGGUGUAGUUUGGUAGAAAGUUCCUACAUGACACUGCUCACAAUGAGGUCUGUGGGUUAUCUUGAGUAAGCAGAGUUGAGUCCUGAUUUCUGGAAAGAGACGCUGCUGUUGAGUUUUUCAAAUGUAUUUAGCUUUAACGUUAGCGUCUCUAGUUCCAUUAUACUGAAGAGAAGGUUGACAUCUCUGCAGCUGAUGUUCCUCUGAACUCUGCAGCUCAAACCAAAACAAUGUAGGAGGAUAAAUAUCACUACAGGUAAAACUGUCCCUUAAAUUUCAUGGUCUCUGCGUUGCCAUCCAAACAUAACAGUGGCUGUAUCUGUACUGUGGACACUAAAUACGUCGCUGCUUUGCUUUUAUCAGAUUUUUUUUUUAUUCAAAUGUAAAAGUUGUUCUUGUUAUGUACAUGUUUAUAUUCAGAUUUCACUCCUGCUGCGGUCGUAAUCGUUCGUUACGUUAUGAACUGUUGACAUUUCAUUUUGCGUGACUUGACCUUUUAAACACAAAGAAAGCUUUUGACUGAACUAAAAAGAAAAGGCUUAUUUCUGACAACAGAAGACACUGGUUAAAUUUGAAUGUAGUCUUUGUAAGGCCAGCAGUACAAAUUUUUUACACAUAUCCAUAUUUUUUUAGAUGCUGUUUAUCUUGAAUAGAUGUUUUUAUGCAUUUGUGUUGAAAUGCUGUAGCUUUAGCAGGAUGAUGUGUAUGUACAGAAUGUAAUAAUAUAAUGCUUAUUUAUAACAUCAAACAGUGGAUUUCUGCUCCUAAUUUUCUGGUAGUAAACACUGAUUGUCUUAACUCCAUUUACCCAAAGCUCAUUUUUUCAUUUUGCCUGAAGUCCUGAUGAACAAAUGCACCUAAAUAUGCCUUUGACAGAAAGAUACAUUACAUGGGUACCUAAAAUCAGAAUUACAACCAAAAAUCUGAAACCAGAGUGAAGAUGUUUUAGGUGUGAAAUUACCUUUUAAAGCCCUAAACAAAAUAAAAAGAUUUAGGUUCUUCAUCUGAAGAGAAGAUCAAUAACACGAACGAUGGCUCAUGAAAUACGGAGCUGCAGUCUGGAGGCAAUUAGCUUAGCUUAGCGUAAAGACUGGAAGCAGGGGGAAACAGCUAGCCUGACUCUAUAUACUCAAUAAGUAUCUCAUUGGUUUAAUCUCAACACAAUCAGAAAUGUACAAACAAAGAUGCACCUGUUUGUUGUUCACCAGGUCAGAGUUACAGCAUCUAAUUUCCUCCUAAAACCAGAAACCUCUGAGAGAGUCAGGCUAGCUGUUUCCCCCUCCGCUUCCACUAUAUGUGCUAAGCUAAGCUAACUCCCUCCAGCUCCACCUUUAGCGCACAAGCAUAAGAGUGGUAUCGAUCUUCUCGUCUAACUCUCAGCUCCACACCCAGUCUGUUACUAAUGUACUAAAAAAAUGAAGGUAACUGAAAAUCUUCUCGGAGGUGCGAGCUUUCAAGUUCAUUCGUGACCUAAAAAACGCGAGACAAACAAUGAGAAAGCACUCCUGUUACAGUGUAUGUUGCAUUUGAGGGACACUGUUAACCGGGACUCUUAUUCAAAUCUCGUACUGCUGUUCAUAUUUCACUCGUGUUUUUCUUACGAUAAAAUAAUUUAAGUAUAAAAACGCACGACUGCUGA